UCUUGAGCCGUGAACGUCAAACCAAUAAUUGUCAAUUUGGCAUGUUCAUAGAAGUUUAUUUUAGUCUAAAUUCUUUAUCAAUUUAUCAGUGUCUUCAGAGUUCAGUCUUCUACACCUACAAAGGUUUUUGAAUACCUAUUUAAUUACUUCACUUCAAUAAUCAAAAUGGUUAUCCAGUGGUAGAUUUUUUUUUAACUUUUUUCCACAGUUAUCUUAAAAUCUUAGUUUAUCAUCAGUGAUUCAUUCAUUUCAUAAAUCUUUUAUAAAUAAAGGCACAGCUGCUCCUAAGAGACGCAGAAAAAUCUCAAAAUCAAAGUAAUCAUUGAAGGAAUAAAACAAAGAAAAACUACUAUCGAAACUACUGCCAAAGGAACUCUAUAAUUAAUAUUAAUUUUAUGCAGAAUAAAAAUUAAUACAAUGUGGUGAAUAUGGAAAUCGUUAGUGACACUUGCCAAUGUGUUAAAUCAAAAUAAGAAAAGAAAUAAAAGAAUAUAUUUUUUUUAUCAUGGAUUGGAUUAUAUCUGAUGAACUGGGGCUAACAGUAGGCCACCUCGUUGGCUGGGGAGCAGCGGGAGCGAUGAUAAUCGGAGGUAUUGCGCCUUACAUUCCACAAUAUAAACAAAUUAAAAAGACUCAGGAUGCAGAGGGCUUUUCAUUGUAUGUGUGUUUAACGCUGUUAAUAGCCAAUACACUUAGGAUUUUAUUCUGGUUUGGAAAGCGGUAUGAGAUACCUCUUCUAAUACAAAGUAUUGUAAUGAAUAUAACAAUGUUUAUAAUGAUUCAUCUGUGUGUGAAUGUGAGGAAAAAGAAUCAAAUCAUAAGAGCUAGAGAGAGAAUAUUUACAGCUCAGCCAGACGAAACUGCGCGCUGGCUCGGGCAGCAGAGCGGCGUCACGGGCGGGGAGAAGCCGCGUCGCUUCUACGAUAUGGAUAGAAAGUAUUUUUGGGCUUGGACUGACUUCCAGAGUUAUGUAGACUGUAUGUUAGUCUUCUCAGUGCUUGGGGCAGCUAUUACGUAUUUAUUAAUAGAAUUUUCCCCAUUCGUCGAACUAAUUGGCUUCCUAGCAGUCUUCACGGAGGCUAUGCUUGGUGCGCCUCAGAUUGCCAAAAAUCACCAGAAUAAAAGUACAGAGGGAAUGAGUGUAAGUAUGGUUAUAAUGUGGACGUUUGGUGACAUCUUCAAGACUGCAUACUUUGUGAUCAGAGAAGCGCCCACACAGUUCUGGGUCUGCGGCAGCCUUCAAGUGACGCUAGAUAUCGUCAUUCUGCUACAAGUAUGGUGGUACAGGCACAACACGGCGGCCGCGCGCCGCCUGCGCCGCGGGGAUUAGCAGUGGACCGAGACUGACUUAUAGCACUCGCUGAACGCCUUCCGCGUGUACUGGCCUCCGCUGUGCCACAUCUUCCAUUCCUUAUGACCAAUACACGCAUAGACUGUUACGGCUCUGUGACUGUUUUAGUAUUAACGCGCCUCUCCCUAAGCCAGCGCAAUCUAUUAUCGCCUUUAAAUACUUCCUCUUUUAGUUUAAUUUACGUAGUGACGUAAUAUUCGCAAUUCGAAUUUCGACGGAGGCUAUUGGACGGAGCGUAUCGAAUGCGCUCAACGAGCAGGCGGACUCUGGUGCAGAAAUGAUCCAACUCACAUUGAGUCUAAAAUUUAAAUAUUCGCGGGUUGACGGCUAUUGAAGUUAGUCUCAUCGUUUUAUAAAACGUGCUUUUUUGGUUCGUGAUUUUUGUUAUGUAGUGGGAUGGAUGAUUUUUGUAU